CGGGGCGGGGAGGCAAAGUCCCGGUGCAAGAUCGGGGGACCAGCAGCCGAGGGCGCCGGGGUCCCGGAGCCAACAGAAGGUUUCAGGCUGAGACCACAAACACCUGAGUGCAAGACUCUGGGUCCCCUGAGGGAAGUGGGCUAAGGCCUGGCCCAGGGGCGCCCCUCCCUUGGGGGAGCCUGGGACGUCCAUCAGCUGUAGUGGCUCCUGAGCUCAUGGAGCCCUCGGCCACCCCAGGGCCCCAGAUGGGGGCCCCCACUGACAGUGGGGAACCGUCCCCGGUGCCUCCAGACUACGAAGACGAGUUUCUUCGCUAUCUGUGGCGUGACUAUCUGUACCCGAAGCAGUACGAGUGGGUCCUCAUCGCCGCCUACGUGGCUGUGUUCCUCGUGGCCCUGGUGGGCAACACGCUGGUCUGCCUGGCUGUGUGGCGGAACCACCACAUGAGGACAGUCACCAACUAUUUCAUCGUCAACCUGUCCCUGGCCGACGUUCUGGUGACGGCCAUCUGCCUGCCGGCUAGCUUGCUGGUAGACAUUACUGAAUCCUGGCUCUUCGGCCAUGCCCUCUGCAAGGUCAUCCCCUAUCUACAGGCCGUGUCUGUGUCAGUGGCAGUGCUGACUCUCAGCUUCAUCGCCCUGGACCGCUGGUAUGCUAUCUGCCACCCCCUGCUGUUCAAGAGCACUGCCCGGCGUGCCCGUGGCUCCAUCCUGGGCAUCUGGGUCGUGUCGUUGGCUGUCAUGGUGCCCCAGGCUGCUGUCAUGGAAUGCAGCAGUGUGCUGCCCGAGCUAGCCAACCGCACCAGGCUCUUCUCUGUCUGUGAUGAACGCUGGGCAGACGACCUCUAUCCCAGGAUCUACCACAGCUGCUUCUUCCUUGUCACCUACCUGGCCCCGCUAGGCCUCAUGGCCGUGGCCUAUUUCCAGAUCUUCCGCAAGCUCUGGGGCCGCCAGAUCCCCGGCACCACGUCGGCCCUGGUGAGGAACUGGAAGAGGCCCUCAGACCAGCUGGAGGACCAGGGGCAGGGCGUGGGCGCAGAGCCCCCGCCUCGGGCCCGUGCCUUCCUGGCCGAGGUAAAGCAAAUGCGAACUCGGAGGAAGACGGCCAAGAUGCUGAUGGUGGUGCUGCUGGUCUUUGCCCUCUGCUACCUGCCCAUCAGUGUCCUCAAUGUCCUCAAGAGGGUGUUUGGGAUGUUCCACCAAGCCAGCGACCGAGAAGCCGUCUAUGCCUGCUUCACCUUCUCCCACUGGCUGGUGUACGCCCACAGCGCCGCCAACCCCGUCAUCUACAACUUCCUCAGUGGCAAAUUCCGGGAGCAGUUUAAGGCCGCCUUCUCCUGCUGCCUGCCUGGCCUGGGUCCCUGCGGCUCUCUGAAGGCCCCCAGCCCACGCUCCUCUGCCAGCCACAAGUCCUUGUCCUUGCAGAGCCGGUGCUCCGUCUCCAAAGUCUCGGAGCACGUGGUGCUCACCAGUGUCACCACGGUGCUGCCCUGAGCGAGGGACAUCUUGGUGGCAAAAGGGGGUGCAACCUAUCCUCUGCCUGGGCUGCUCCUCUGGCUACUGGGGGACCUGCCCCCACUCCUCAUGGAAAGACUGCUGGUUGCAGUGCGAGGCCGGGGCUCCUCGCCUCGUUUUCUGCCUGUUUAACUCUGGGCAGUGUCACUUCCCUCCUCUGAGCUGCGUCCCCUAAGCGGAUUGAUGUGAGGAUUAAGCAUGCUCAAGAAAGUGGAAAGCUCUGUGUAAACUGUAAAGUGUCAUGGACAAGAUUAACGCUG